AGUCCCACGCCCCCAGCCCCCAAACCACUCCCCUCCCCCGGUGCCGGGAGCCACUUCCGGUUCCGGCGGUGAGCGGAGCGGUCGCGUCUCCUCCGGGCGCUCCCGACGGGACCGCGACCGCCCAUGGCGAGACACCUGCGCUUCGUGGGCCGCACCGUCAUGGUGCAGAACGGCGACGUGGAGGCGGCUUACAGCGUCCUGAACCGGAUCCUGACGCAGGACGGGCUGGUGGACGCGGUGCGGCGGCGCCGGUACUACGAGAAGCCGUGCCGGCGGCGGCAGCGCGAGGCGUACGAGGCGUGCCGGCGCGUCUACAGCGCCGAGAUGAGCCGCAAGAUCAGCUUCCUGGCGCGGACCGUGCGGCCCGACCCCUGGCCGGGCUGCUAGGGGGACCCGGCACAAUAAAAGCCCCUCCUGUUAA